ACAAAAUUCACCGUAAAGAUAUGGUUAAAAAACUAGGUUAAAUUAAAUGUUUAGAUAUUAAAGUUGUUAUCCUUAAAACUAUGCCGUUACAAAUUAAACAGGAAUUAUAAUCGAGUUGUGAAAUUCAAAAUGACAGUUUCGAAGCAACAGACAAGCGAUCAUGCUGCAAGUAUCAGUCCUGACGAAAUAAUUGAUGAUAUCGGCGGAUGCGGGCCCUUUCAAAUUAGAAUGAGUAUUGCUGCUCAUAUAAUAAAGACUAUCGUCUGCUUCAGUUUUGCAGGAAUGAUUAUUUACACUGCCCCGCCUUCUUGGUGGUGCAAAAAUGAUCUCGUGCACUACAAUUUGACGUCAUGCUAUAGUGUAGAAAAUGGAUCAUCUGUAAACUAUUGUAAGUCGCACUCAUGUUAUACAGCUAACGGAACACAAUGUACAUCAUAUGGCUUUGAAGACAGUUUAAAUACAAUAGUUAAUGAGUUCAAUCUUGUUUGUACCCAAGACUUCAUUCCAAGUACAAUAAAUUCUGUUCAACUUGCCGGAAUUCUUUGCGGAAAUUUAAUGUCUGGUCAAAUUUCCGAUUUGUUUGGACGAAAACCACCGAUGUUUGCAUCCAUUGUUAUAAUUAUGGUAUCUAAUCUUCUAGGCUUUUUCUCAACGUGUUGGGAAAUGUUUGCUGUUGCGGUAUUUUUCACAGGAGUAGGAGGUGGUUUCUUUCUUACGACCCAUUACUGUCUCCUAUCCGAAUUUUCACCCGCAAAGUGGCGUGUAUGGAUCACGGGAUUUCCAUCUUGGCCGAUAGAGGGAUGUUUCCUUUCACUUGUGUCUUGGUUACUUCACGACUGGCGAUACAUUCAACUUUUUACCGCAAUCUUUGCGUUGCCAUGUUUGCUUUCUUGGUUCAUAAUUCCAGAGAGUUUCCGAUGGUAUGUAGCACAUGAUAAACCAGAAAAGGCAGAAGAAAUACUCAGAUCCGUUGCAAAAUUCAACAAACAUGAAAACAUCAAUUUGCAUAGAGCGCUACGAAAGCCAGAAACAAGAGAUAACAAAAGAUACACGGUUUUGGACUUGGUCAAGACCAAGACUUUGAUCAGAGUAACCCUGCUCUCAGCUUUAAGUUGGAUAGCCCUUGGCUUCUGUUCCUUUGGCUUAGCCUUUGGUAUCCAGUCAUUAUCGGGCAACAUUCACCUGAAUCUCUUCUUGUUCAGUCUAACCGGAAUUCCAUCUAAGGCUAUUGCGUUGUGGCUUCAAAACAGAUUUGGUCGGCGGGUUACAUGUAUGUUAUGUUUCAUUGUGGUGGCAUUUGGUGGUUUAGUCGUUGGUAUCGUUGAAACAACAGAUGCCCCGCAUAAGGACGUUCUUACUAAUGCAUUUGCACUGACUGCAAACACCGGUAUAGUAACAGCAUGGGGUCCUAUACAAACUAUGACUAUUGAGCUCUACCCAACCGUUGUACGAAAUAUUGGAUUUGGCACACUAAGCGUUGCUGGACGGAUAGGCGGAAUAAUUGCGCCACAAAUAGUCUAUCUGAACACGUACGUUCCUGGCUUAUUAUUUUACGUUUGUGGAGCUAUUUCUGUAAUCUGUGUGAUCGGACUUGUUUUCUUACCUGAGACAAUGGACAAAAAUCUAACUGACAAAAUAAAGGAACACAAUGUUUUAAACCAAAAAGAUGUGCCUGUCUAAAUGCAGGAAAAUCAUUGGUCAUAGUAUAUACACUGUUUAAAUGGUGCCCUUAGAGUGUAAGCUACUCUAUAUUCCGUCUAAAAUUGUAUGCUUCUUCUUUCAUAGUAUUAAAAAUAAAAGAAUUGUGUACGCU